AUGCCUCCAUCAUCUCGCAUACCCUCACACCUCCAACCCUACGUAGACCUUCCACACGAUGACUCGCUCCUUCUCCUCACGAGUACGCUCGGAGCCAGUGCGAACUGGCUGAUCAUUCGAUUUCUGUGCGCUGCGCUCAGCAACACUGAAGAUGGCGGGGCACAGCAAGGUCACAAUGUCGUGCUGGUAUCGUGGAUGAGGGAACAUGACUUUUGGAAGCAAGAAGCAAGGAAAGGCGGAGGUCUGGAUCUUGAGAGAUUGAAGCGCGAAGGCCGGUUCGCAUUCGUGGACGGGCUGACCGAGGCGUGCCUGCAUGCGACGGCAGCUGGAGAAGCUACGAACGGCGCAAGGACAACACCAUCGGGCCUGGAUUCUCCUGCGCUCGCACUACAUGGCCGCCGAAGUCUUGCGCCGGCUGCGCAAGCAAGAGGAGCAGUAGGUCCGGCGAGUCCAGUGGUGAGCAGGACUGUACCUGUGCCAGCACCAGCACCACCAACGAGCACGAAGCAAACCUCGCCAGGCCACUAUGCCCUCAAGUCGCUCGACAUCGCACACUUGAAGACUACGGUGACCAGCGCCGUCUCCGCCCUCUCAUCCUCAUCGGGCGCCCAGCGCAAAACCCUCGUCGUACUCGACAACCCCGACCUCCUCCUCGCCCUUGAUCCUACUAUCAAACCGUCCGCCGUAUCGUCACUCAUCCUCACCGUGCACAACCUACCGAGCGUCUCGCACGUCCUCACACACAUUCAAGCCGACAACCCACUGCUGAGUCUGAGCACGCCUCCGCAGCCGCUCGAAAUCGCGCAUCACAACUUGCUUGUCAAGCUGGGGCACAUGAGCAGGCGGAUACUAGGUGUCAGAGUGCUGGAUACCGGUGUGGCGAGGGAUGUGAGUGGCGUGAUACGCGUGACGGAGCAACGAAUGCACUGGAGAGGCUUGGGCUUCAAGGAUGAAGACAAGGCCAGGGACGACCGUGGGAAAGGCAAGGAGUUCCUAUACCAGGUCAAGGGCGAUGGGAGCGUGAAGGUAUUUGAGCGGGGAGCUGGUGGCGAUGGUUGA